AGGCUACGUAGGCAUUAAGCUGGUAGGAUAGGAUUGAAAAGUCAGAUAGGGAUUGGCUAUUCAUUGUGGAACCUUGGAAUUCAACCAGAUACAUGAUAUAGUUGGGUUUCUCUAUUAUUGCCUUGUUGAGCUGCUGUUUUGGGAAUUUUGGCUUCCUCUCAUUAAUUCCCUUGCAGGACAGAAUUACUAGUAUCUGCCUUGCCUAAUCUCUGUGUCAGCUCCUACAACGCUGCUUCUCACUUCUUCAUCCGUCUGUUCAUCCGUUGCUAUAUUAACUGGUUAUUUCUUCCUCCGACCCGGAAGCACUUUCAUUGCUCUUCUAUUAUUUAUUCAGUUUGCUAAUUUAGCUCGGGGUCUACGACUUCAAGAGGUUUUUAUCCAUCAGUGCUUCCAGAAGUAAUUCCAAUCCUGGUAUUUCAUAUAUUCAGGCCAUUCCACACAAAAAAAAAAAUCCAAACAAGAGAGUGGAAAUUCAGUUGUGCACUUCUUCAUCUUCAUAAUAGCUAGGUGUCCCAUCCCUUAAACACCCCUUUAACUCUCUUCCAGCCUAGUGACCCUCACAUUAGAGAAGGAGAAGUGUGUUCUUUUACCUACUUCCCAUAAUUUUUCUUUCUACACCCAAAAUAUUUUCAUCCACAAAACAAACACAACUCCCUCCCUAGGCCUUUACACCCAAAAAAUAAACCCUACAUUCCGAUGGAAGUGGCGUUAGCUACUGCUGCCUUAAGCGUAAGCUUCAAAUUGGCUGCAUCGCCGGCCUUAAAGAAGCUCCUUUCUAAUGCUUCAACGUACCUUGGAGUGGAUAUGGCGCAUGAGCUCCAUGAACUGGACACCACUAUCUUGCCGCAGUUCGAGCUGUUGAUUGAAGCAGCAGAUAAGGGAAACCACAGGCCCAAGUUGGACAAUUGGCUUCAGGAAAUCAAAGAAGGCUUCUACCUAGCUGAAGACUUGCUGGACGAGCAUGAGUAUAACAUCCUCAAGCGCCAAGCAAAGGGGAAGGAUUCCUUGCCAGCCAAUGCCUCCUCCAUCAGCAACACUUUAAUGAGGCCUCUGCGUGCUGCAUCAACCAGGCUGUCCAAUUUGAGCUCUCAAAACAGAAAGCUAAUUCAACAUCUGAAUGAACUGAAGACCACCCUGGCGAAAGCCAAGGACUUCCGUCAACUGCUCUGCGUACCAGCUGGUUAUGAUGCAGAGAACCGUCCCAUAUCAUCAGCUGUUGUUCCUGAGACCACAUCAAUACCACCUCUGAAAGUGUUUGGUCGUGACAAGGAUCGUGAUCAUAUAAUAAAGUGUCUUACCAAGACAACUGCUAGUUCUGAGUCUAGUACAGCCAUGUACUCGGUUUUGGCCAUUGUUGGAGCUGGAGGCAUGGGAAAGUCCACCUUGGCACAGCUUGUUUACAAUGACAAUAGGGUAAAAGAAUAUUUUGAUGUGACGAUGUGGGUAAGCAUCUCACGCAAACUUGAUGUCCGCCGUCAUACACGAGAGAUCAUUGAGUCAGCCUCUCGGGGAGAAUGCCCACGCAUUGAUAACCUUGAUACUCUGCAGCGCAAAUUGACAGACAUACUGCAAGAAUCAGGGAAAUUCCUACUUGUAUUGGAUGAUGUUUGGUUUGAACCUGGCAAUCAGAGGGAAUGGGACCAAUUGUUUGCUCCUCUAGUUUCCCAACAGACGGGAAGCAGAGUUUUGGUAACCACUCGACAGAAUUCAUUUCCAGCUGCUCUUUGUUGUGAAAAAGUGUGUCCUCUAGAAAACAUGGAAGAUGCUCAGUUCUUGGCACUCUUCAAACACCAUGCAUUCUCUGGACCAGAAAUUAAAAAUCUGCAGUUGCGCAAGAGGUUGGAAGAUUUUGCAGAGAAGAUUGCUAAAAGGCUUGGACAAUCUCCUUUGGCGGCAAAAAUUGUGGGUUCCCAGUUGAAAGGGGAAACAAAUAUCACGGCAUGGAAGGAUGCUCUUACCAUACAGGUUGACAAAUUAAGUGAGCCCAUGAGAGCUCUGUUGUGGAGUUAUGAUAAGUUAGAUCCACGUCUGCAGAGGUGCUUCCUAUACUGCAGCUUGUUUCCAAAAGGCCACAAGUAUGUCAUUGAUGAGCUGGUUCAUCUUUGGAUUGCUGAGGGCCUUGUUGAUUCAUGCAAUCAAAGCAAGAGAGUUGAAGAUAUUGCGAGAGAUUACUUCAAGGAGAUGAUCUCUGUUUCGUUCUUUCAACCAUUUUAUGAGAAAUGCUAUGUUAUGCAUGAUCUCCUUCAUGAUCUGGCAGAAUCACUCUCCAAGAAAGACUACUUCAGGUUGGAAGAUGAUAAGGUGAUGGAAAUUCCAUCCACUGUUCGACAUCUAUCUGUUUGUGUUGGUAGUAUGAAGCAACACAAGCAAAGUAUCUGCAAGCUACAUCAUUUACGCACUAUAAUCUGCAUAGACCCCCUGAUGGAUGAUGUAGGUGACCUUUUUAGUCAGAUACUACAGAAUUUGAAGAAGUUGCGUGUACUAUCUUUGUCUUCUUACAACAGCAGUAAGUUGCCUGAAUCUGUUGGUGAGUUGAAGCACCUUCGGUAUUUGAACAUCAUCAGAACGCUGAUUUCUGAAUUGCCAACAUCACUGUGUACUCUUUACCACUUGCAGUUACUUUUGUUUAGUCACAAAGUUGAGAGUUUGCCUGAGAAGCUGUGUGAUUUAAGAAAGUUACGACAUAUUGAAAGUCAUGAUGAUAAAAUAUACACGUUAAGCGAAGAAGCACUGCCACAAAUUCCUAACAUUGGCAUGCUAACUUCACUUCAACAACUCCGGGAAUUUUCUGUACAAAAUAAAAAUGGACAUGAGUUGCAACAGCUGGGGGACAUGAACCAGAUUCGUGGCAGUUUAAGUGUCACAAAUAUUGAGAAUGGCACUGGAAAGGAUCAAGCUUUAGAAUCGAAGCUGCAUCAGAAAAUUCAUCUUGGCAGCUUGCGACUUGUCUGGGGUUCCAAGAAUAAAACGAAUGCAGAGGGUAGUUUACAUUUUGAGAUUCUAGAAGGCGUGAUGCCACCGCCUCAACUUGAGAAUCUUGAAAUUGACGGUUACAGAUCUUCAAAACACCCAGGCUGGUUACUUGAUGGUUCGUAUUUUGAGAAUUUGGAAUCUUUGAGCUUUGUUAAUUGCAGCGCCUUGGAAAGACUACCAUCCAAUACUGAACUAUAUAGGAAUUGCUCUUCACUUGUCCUCCGAGAUGUGCCAAAGCUAAAGAAAUUACCUUGUCUUCCACCAUGCCUUAAAACGUUACUAGUACACAAAUGCCCACUGCUUGUAUUUAGUUCCAACGAUGCGUUGGAACAUGAUGAUAAGACAGAGAAUUUCAUGAGGACAAACCACUUGGCAUCACAACUUGGUUUAAUCUGGGAGUUAGAUUUAGGAUCAAAUAUUAGGAGACUACUCUCACAGGAACAUUCAUUUCUAAAGCAGUUGAUGAUAUUUAUGCAUGUAGAUGUGGCACAUGUUCAGAAACUUGAAAAUGCUAUAGAAAGAGAGGAAGAUGAAGUAUUGGUAAAAGAGGAUGUCAUCAUGGCAUGUAUAUUGUGUCACGAGCAGAGAAUGAGACUCAUCUAUGGAAGGACCAUUGGGCUGCCGCUGGUUCCACCAUCAGGACUUUGUGAACUUGAACUUUCUUCAUGCAGUAUUACAGAUGGAGCUUUAGCUGUUUGCCUUGAUGGCCUGGCUUCACUGAAAAGAUUGGUCUUGGUAGAGAUUAUGACUUUAACCACGCUUCCUUCAGAAGAGGUCCUCCAACAUUUGACAAAACUUGACUCUUUGUUCAUCGUAGAUAGCUGGUGUCUCAGGUCAUUAGGGGGCUUACGAGCUGCUACCUCCCUUUCAGAAGUUGGACUGGGAUCGUGCCCUUGUUUAGAGUUCGCACGUGGAUCAGAACGCUUGCCAUUAUCCCUUAAGAAACUCAGUAUAGAGAACUGCGUGCUUGCAGCUGACUUCCUCUGUACUGACUGGCCACAGAUGGAAUAUAUUAGCAUAAACAACUGCAGAAGCCCCGCAAGCUUGUUUGUUGUUGGUAGCCUCACCUCUGUCCAUGCACUCAUUCUGCAUAACUUGCCAGAUUUAUGUACACUUGAAGGAUUGUCUAUCCAGGAAUUUGAUUUGGUACAAUUGGUUGAUGUUCCGAAACUUAUCCCUGAGUGUAUCUCACAGUUACGAGUCAAGCACAUACUCCAAGUUAGCAGUUCUGCACUACUCAACAACAUGCUCUCAGCUGAAGGUUUCACAGUUCCAACAAGUCUCUCUCUUGACAAAUGCAAGGAACCAUUCAUUUCAUUAGAUGAAUCCUUAAAUUUCACAUCUGUCAGGACCCUGACAUUCAGUGACUGUCAAAUGAAUUCCCUGCCAACAAAUCUGAAGCGCUUCCCCAAUCUGCGGAAUCUCCUUAUCAUUUGCUGCCGCAACAUAUCAUGUUUACCGGAUCUGCCGUCGUCCCUCCAGCAGAUAUGCAUAUGGGAUUGUAGUGAGCUGUUGAAGGAGAGCUGCCGAGCACCUGAUGGAGAAAGUUGGCCAAAGAUCGCGCAUAUCCGCUGGAAGAACAUUAGAUGAAGUGUUAUUCGAAUUCCCACCUGCAAAUAAACGGGAAGCAGGCCAUAAAGGAAAAUUAAACAAGUGAUGUCUUCGCUCCAGGCUCCAGCAGCCUGUUACAAGGUGGAGUACUCCAGGCUGGCUCGACGUACAGUUCAACUCUAUCUCCUACUUCACGGGCCGGUUCUGACCCCCUUGGAUAGUCCUCCUCACACUCUACCACCUACUGUCCUCUGAUGCCAAAUCAAUGAUGGUGGUUUUUGUAAUCGUGUUGUUGCCUUGUUGGUUAUGUUUCUCUUCAGGCUAUUAUCCAUUGUAAAUAAAUCCUGUUCUGCUAGAGUCUGCUGGAGUCUGCUGUAUUUUUGGUUUGUACUGGAUUGCAAUCGUUAUCUCUUGUGUGCUGUCACACACCAUGUAACUGAAGAUCCCUUUUAUCAUUCACUACCGUAAUGAGUAAUGGUUA